AUGGAGGAGCAACUCAUCCAGGCCGUGGAGAUUGCCUCCAACCCUCUCGCCAAUGCUGGUCCUGACGUCACUUCCCAGGCGCUUCAAUUUCUCGAACACCUCAAGACCAUCACUCACGAGAGCUGGAGCGUAGGCUGGUCCGUAUGGUCCGCACGCGACACACAGGGCAAUGGUCCCAAGUACAGCCAGAACGCCCGCAUGUUCGGUCUCAUGCUCGUCGACGACUUUCUCGCGAAUCGUAUCAGCAUGUCGAGCGAUCCCGCCGCGGCCGUAGCUAGCCUUCAGCAGUCGGCGGUCGAGUACGUCCAGAACGAGUAUGUCGCUGGCUCGGGCGACGGUUCCGUGCCAUACAUCAAGAACAAGUUCGCCCAGGUCCUCGCCGUCUUGCUCCUGCAGACCUACAACCUGCCACCACCGUACACACUUCUGCCUACGCUACUUUCGAUGAUCCGCGCCCACCCUGCUGCCUCGCCAUCACAGCCAUCGACCUCGCAGCUGCCCCUCAACCCCUUCACCAGCGACCUCGUCUUGCGCGUGCUGCACGAUCUCUCCGUCACCCUCGGCUCCGACGUCACCUUGAGAGCCGUUCGGUCCAAAGAGCGUCUGCAGAGAGACGCCGUCAUCAGAGACGAGAUUCGUGCCAGCCAUGCCUCCGACAUUGCCGAAUCCGUCUGGCGCGUCGUAGAAGAGGGUUUCAACCGUGUCAACCAAGGAGAGCACUCGUCCGAGACCAACUCUGCCUCUGGCGUCCGCAGCAUGACUUUCACCAACGCCGUCGACCUCACCGCAGCAGCCACCAAGAUCGUCGAAGAUUACGUCUCUUGGAUCGACAUCAACCUCGUCGUCACAAACCAAACCGUUCCAUUGCUUUUCAACGUCUUGCAUCACCCCAUCCCCAAAAUCCGCACCGCAGCCGCAGAUGCUUUGCACGGCAUCAUCAGCAAGGGUAUGAAACCAGCCGACAAGCUCUCGCUCGCUCAGGCGCUCAAUCUCCCACACGUCAUCACUCCGCUCGAGGCACGCACGCGUACCGGUCCCUCCGCUCAGAACGGUCAGAGCGACACCAGCGACUCCAACAUCGAGUUUCGAGAACACCUCGCUCACCUCACCAACGGCCUCGUGCUCGAAAUGUGCAAGAUCCUCGAGGAAGGUGCAGCCGAGGAGUCGACCAAACUCGCAGCAGAGGACCUUCUCAACUCGCUGUUGCCCUUGGUGCUGGCUUUCCUCUCGGACGAAUACGACGAUGCCUCGGAGCAGAUGUUUCCGGGCGUCAACAUGAUCCUUGGCAUCUACAAAAAGGCACGUCGACGAGGUGCAGAACUCACGGGAGCCCGAGUCGAAUUCCUCUCCAGCCUCAUCGGAGUUGCGCUCCAAAAGAUGAAGUUUGACGACGAGGCCGAGUGGCCUGCCAGCAGCUUCGGAGCAGCCGAAGACGACGACGAGGAAGAGGACGAGGACGACGCCAAGUUUUUGGAGAUGCGAAAAAACCUGCAAAACAUCGUCGGUGCCAUUGCCGCCAUCGACGACAAGCUCUUCUCGACAAGCGUCGCACAGCUCGUGCUGUCCACUUUUGCAUCCUUUGAAGCGAGCUCAUCCGGUUCAGGCGCACAGCUUUCUUGGCAGCAGAUCGAGCUUGCGCUCUACGUCAUCCACUUUUACGGCGACGUCAUGACCACAGCAGCGGCGGCGCCAAAGGUGGGACUGUCGCCCGCCAUGUUCGUUCAAACCCCCGAAGCAGGCUCUAAGGGACGUGCUCCCAAGCUCAGCAACGAAGCGCUCGCCACUCUACCGCUCAGCAACCUCGGCGAGAUGGUGCAAAAGCUCGUCCAGUCCAACGUCUCGUCCUUCCCUCAUCCCGCCGUCCAACUGCAGUUCUUCGAGUGUCUGGUUCGCUACUCCAACUUCUUUGCAGCUCGAAGCGGAUGCGUGUCGGAUGCGUUGCCCGCCUUUCUCGACUGGCGUGGUGUGCACCACGAGAAGCUCGGCGUGCGCAAACGCGUCAAUUAUCUGCUGUACAGGUUCGUACGCGAUCUGCGCGCCGUCUCCGCCGUGCCUAUGGACUACGUGCAACGACUGCUGCAAGGUCUGCAGGAUCUGUUGGUGGUGCGAGCCGAGCUGCCGGAAGUGGCUCCGGACGAAGAUCCGCUGAUCAAGGCCACCGCACCUGCGGGCUACUUUGACAGUCAGCUGUACCUCUUCGAGACGAGCGGCAUCCUAGUUUCGCUGCUCAACAGCGCCCCGGACGACCAAGUCGUGCUGCUCAAAGCUAUCUCGGAACCGCUCAGCGAGCAACUUCGACAAGCCGUCUCGGCGUAUCAAGCCAACCCUUCCGACCUGACCUCCGUGCUCCAGGUACACCACCUCAUGCUGGCGCUCAGCAGUCUCUCGAAAGGAUUUCCCGACAUCAGCCCGACCAGCACUUCACCAGAACCGAAAUGGGUUUCGGUAUUCAAAACCAUCACCGAGCAAGUGUUGGUCAGCGUCUCCUCGAUGAACUCUUUCUCCGUGGUACGGGAAGCUGCUCGCGGUGCGUUCGCCCGCAUGGUUUCCACCUGCGGUGCCGCCGUGCUACCCUACAUCCCUGGUCUCAUUGAUGCGCUGUUGAGCGAAGUGACGAGUCAGGAGCUCGUCGAUUUCGUCAACUUCCUCUCCCUCGUCGUCAACAAGUACAAGGACCAAGUGAGGGAGAUAGUCGACCAACUGUUUUUGCUGUUGAUCGAGAGGAUUUUCUUCUUCCUGAAUCAGGGGGUGGGGGGAACGGAUGAUGCGGUGGAGAAGAGCGAGUUGCAGAAGGCGUACAUGGGCUUGAUCUCGUCGAUGGUAGGGGUGGGGAUGGAAGGUGUCUUUGUGAGCGGCAAGAAUGCGGGUAGAUUGGAGGGGGUGCUGCAAAGUGUGGUGUUCUACGCUGGUAGUGGGGAUGUCGUGUGUCAACGAACGGCAUUUUCGAUCCUGCAUCGAUUGGUUUCCAGCUGGGGUGGCGAAGAAGGAGGUCUACCAGGAUUCGAACAAUUCAUCUACGAGAACUUGGUAGGGUUGGUGUUGGAAGCACCUGCAAAGGAAACUUUCGACUUUCAAGACGCUCAAAGUCAGAUCGUCUUGGGCGAGAUCGCGACACUGGCCAAGACGAUUUAUAGCAAAAGAGGAGAGGAACUGGUGAGGUUUCUGUCGGAAGUUUACCUACCCAGGAUCAACUGUCCAAGAGAGCUGGCAGAGGAGUUUGUAGGGAACUUGAAGCAAGGCGAUGCUAAGCGGUUCAAAAAGUUUUUGCAGGAGUUCAUCGUCAGAUCCAGAGGCGGUUAG